CCUUCCCCAAAUUUCGUUAGUUCGUACAUAGCAAUAUAUAUACUGGGACCAUUUACCUGUUUAGCAGGACCAGACAUCUUCCUCAUCUUGUCCUGAAAGAAACAUGUUUCAUGAUCAAAUUACUCAUCUGGACAUAAAGACUAACCUCUGCCUGAAGCAGUGAAGCUCCUCUUCUUUCUGAAGUCCCGAACUUCCGAUUCCACACUUACCAUGGGAUGUCCAUUGUGAUGGUUAAGUAGCCGUAAGCGUGUAGAUAUACUUACCGCCGGCAAGCCAAGCUCAUACCUUUCAGCUGAAAGGAAUUUCCGACCGGGACGAAUUACAUUUCUCGAUUUAUACCUCAAAUGCUGCUGCUCGCUCCCGGCACUUAUCGACCGGUUAACCAAUCCACAACCCUCCUGAAACCUUCACCCCUAAUUCUCUUCACCUUCCCAUUGCUGACAUCUCAGAACCCAAUAGUUCCCUGCAGGGAGGAGCUUCGUCGGGCCUCUGUCGUUGUAGCGGCAUCCACCGCCGCCGCCAAUACCCAAUCUUAUUCCCAGUCCGCCAUAGAAAGAGUCGCCGAAAAGCUUCGCAGCCUUGGGUACGUAGAAGACGAUGGGAAUAAAGGAAAACCAGAAGAAACCCUACACCAGAAGGCGAACUCUUCUUCUCCAGGUGAAAUUUUCGUUCCAUUGCCUACUCAGUUGCCGAAGUGCAGAGUUGGCCAUACCCUCGACCCGAGUUGGAGCACCCCUCAGAACCCUGUGCCCCUGCCCGGGUCAGGCAAUGCUGUACAGAGAUUUCAUGCUCUGAGGACCGAGGUGAAGAGGAAACAGGAGGAAGAGAGGGAGAAGAAUGAAAAUGAGAAUAAAGAGACAGUGAUAUCUAAGGCUGAGCUAACUUUGCCCGCGAAGGAGCUGCGUAGGCUGAGGACACUAGGGAUUAAACUUGACCAGAAGAUUAACAUAGGGAAGCCCGGGAUUACAGAGGGUAUUGUUAAUGGCAUUCAUGAAAGAUGGAGGCGGUCUGAGCUUGUGAAGAUAAAAUGUAAAGAACUGUGCAGGAUGAAUAUGAAGAGAACUCAUGAUAUUCUAGAGGCAAAAACAGGAGGUUUGGUUAUUUGGAGAUCAGGAAGUACUAUAGUAUUGUACAGAGGAACUGAUUAUAAAUAUCCCUACUUCAGUGGAACAGAGACCAGCUCAUUUGGCAUAAAUGGAGGUUCUUAUCCUUCUCUGGUAAAGGGGGUAGGCUCUCCAAAUAGAGUAAGAUAUGAACUUCCUGGUGAGGAAAUGCUUGUUGAAGAAGCUGACAAGAUGUUAGAAGGGCUUGGGCCACGUUUUACUGAUUGGUGGGGGAAUCUUCCUUUACCAAUCGAUGCUGAUCUUUUGCCAGAUAUAGUCCCUGGCUAUAAGAGACCUUUCCGCUUGCUUCCAUAUGGAGUGAAACCUAUACUAACAAAUGAUGAAAUGACAGCAUUAAAGAGACUUGCUCGACCUCUACGCUGCCAUUUUGCUUCAAGCUGGAAUAGGAGUCUUCAAGGAUUAGCUGCUGCCAUUGUGAAGCUUUGGGAGAAAUGUGAAAUAGCAAAAAUUGCCGUAAAAAGAGGAGUACAGAACACCAACAGCAAGUUGAUGGCUGAAGAGCUGAAGCAUCUGACCGGAGGGAUCUUGCUAGCUAGGGAUAAGGAUUAUAUUACUCUGUAUAGAGGUAAGGAUUUUUUGCCUGCUGCGGUUUCCAUAGCAAUUGAAGAGCGGAGGAAACAAACAAUUAGAGGAAACCCAAAAAAUUGUGAUUCACCCGUGUCUGAUGCAAAUCAACAAGCUCAACCAAUCACUGAACCUAUUUCAAAUGAUGAGAGUAGUUCUGAAAAUCUCAACACAGCAGCCCAAGAAAAGCAGGUGCUAAUUUUGAAGGAAGAAGCUGUACAGCCAAUCAUCCAAUUUCCUUCUGAAGAAAAGAAUAAGGGUAAAAGUAACAAGAAAGAUGUCCCACAAAAAAGGCAGCUAUAUUCAGUGGAAUCCGCUGCUAAAAGAACUUCUGACAAACUAGAAGCUACAUUACAAAAGAAAGCAAAGGCAGAAAAACUUCUAGAAGAGUUAGAUAUGGAAGAGGUAUCCAUACAGCCUAUUACAGAUAAGGAAGGUAUAACUGAAGAAGAAAGGUAUAUGCUGCGUAAGGUUGGUUUGAGAAUGAAACCCUUCUUAAUCCUAGGCAGAAGAGGAGUGUUUAGUGGAACAGUUGAAAACAUGCAUCUUCACUGGAAGUAUAGGGAGUUGGUGAAGAUCUUAGCUGGUGGGAGGAAGGGCAUUGAGGAGGUUCAACAAAUAGCAAGAACGCUGGAGAGUGAAAGUGGUGGUAUUUUAGUUGCUAUUGAGCAAAGCAGUAAGGGCUAUACCAUCAUUGUGUACCGUGGGAAGAAUUAUGAACGCCCUGCUUUCUUGAGGCCUCGGACACUUUUAAGCAAACGACAAGCAAUGAAGCGUUCUAUUGAGGCUCAACGUCAUGAGUCAUUGAAGCUCCAUGUGUUGAAGCUUAACCAGAACAUAGAAGACUUGAAGCUAAAGUUGUCAAAAGAUCGUGCAAUGAUUGAUGUCCAACUGAGAGACUUAAAAACUGAAAAACAGGAAUUGCAACAAAAUGUCUCUACCCAAUCUGAAAAUAAGGCUGAGGUUGAGUUUAAUACGAGUGUUGUGGAGAAUUCUUACACAUUGCCCACUAAGGGAAUUGAAUUAGUGCCAAAUUUGAAUUCAGAAAAUGAAAGAUUUGCAAAAGAUCAGCAGGUGAUAAAUGAUGCUCAUCCCAGAAGAAAUGCUCGGGAAAGGAAAAUGACAAGUUCUUCAUUCCAUGAUAGAGCUGAGAAGAGGCUAGAUUUUGACAUGAAAUCAGCAGCAUCUUUUGCUGUUAAUUCUCUUAAAACAAAGGUAGAACAUGGUCUAGAAGAAAAAGAAUCCCAAGAAGUGCCUUUUAGAGCUUCGCCCCUUUCCAACAGAGAAAGGCUUAUUCUUCGAAAACAAGCCCUUACAACAACAAAACGUCCUGUACUUGCUGUAGGCAAAGGUGAUAUAUCUACUGGCGUGGCCAAAGUGAUCAAGACACACUUUAAGAAGCAUCCUCUUGCGGUUGUGAAUGUCAAAGGUAGAGCAAUUGGGACUUCGGUGAGGGAGGUGGCAUCUGAGCUUGAGCAAGCUACAGGUGCUAUCCUUGUUUGCCAUGAAACAAACAAAGUUAUAUUGUACAGAGGUUGGGGCGCUGCGGGGAUUGAAGCGACUCGCACCACGGGUAGCGGCAAUGCUACUAGAGAGCAGCAGAAGGUUCAAAUGGCUGUGUCCCCUGAGCUUAUAUCUGCAAUCCGGGCCGAGUGUGGGCUGCAAUUAGACCACAAAGAAGAUGCCAGUUUGAAGUUAUUUAACAGCUUUGGUGGUUAAUUGGACGACAAAUGAAUAUGUUCAUUAUUGUGACUAUAGCAUGAAGUUAUUCGUAAUGAUAAUUGUGCAAAAAAUUGUUAAAAGUAUAGCCGUCUCAGCAAAUCAGCCUAUUUUCGACGCCCUGGUAAAGUUUACAGAGGAAUUGUGGUAAUUAGUCUUUUCAGAAACUCAACAUGAAAUUUUCAGUAAUGUUUUGUUUUCUUAAAGACGUUUCAAUAAUGUUAUGAUCUAUAAAACCGAAGUCUCCUUAUGUUAAAGUAAAAUUCUCCAGUCUCCUUAUGUUAUGACUUAUGAUCUACACACUAUUUGUAACCUCGCUAAUUUCUAGCCUUCUUGA